AAAUAUUUGCUGCAGUGAACAAUAACUGAAAUGGAUGCACCGUCUGCAAAACGUAUACAAAGAAAUCUAGUUUUCUUCAAGGAAAAUAUCACUCAGUUAAGUAAAGUAAUGGACAAGUUAAUCGAGACGGACUCUAUACGUAUGGAGGAAAAGGCGGAGAUACUAACAGAAAAAAGUCUGGACACUCAAUGUCAUAUUUUGCUAGAAUUGUUGAUGAAGCGCGGUGGAUUUGAUUCAUUGAUUGAAGCUCUGAAAAUAUCUGGGAACGGUCACGUGGCUGACAAAAUACUGAAAACUGAUGUUUGCUGUCGUAAAGAUAAAAAUCAAUUACAGGAAGAGGAUACAUUUUAUGUGUUUGAUGACCGGAAGGAAGAAAUAAUUCAAUUAAUUAAAGAGAGAGAAUUGGUCAAAAUGAGGUACACUGCACUGUCUACUAAGUAUAAGACGAUCAAAACUGAUAAUAAAACCAAAUCGGAGGAUAUACAAAGUUUGAACGAGGAAAUCAAUUCGUUACGGUGUCAGUUGGCAGAGGUUGAAGAGAAAGCUUCAAAUAUAAAAGACGAACUUAAAAAGCGAGACAAAGAAAAGGACAAACAUGUCGAGCCCAGACCAAAGUUGUUUAAAGACCGAAAAGAUGUUGGAAUUGAUGCGGUUGAUGGUCCGCUGGAAGAGGUUCCGAACGAUGUAAGGGAUCAAGUUGAUUCCGAAGGAUUACUUUGCAGAAUGGAAGAGCAGACUACCACAAUUCAAUUAUUAACCGAAGAGGCGACACACUAUAAUAAUUUGAUCGCGACAUUAGAAGACCAAAUCGAAGAACUUAAAGCAACCGUAGAUGAAAAGGAUAAAGAUAUUAUGACUCUCCGUAAUAAUGUUGGGAAACUACAAGUACAUCUUCAAGCUGGGCGUCAAGAAAGAGAGAAGAUGUCGGAAGAACUCCGCAAAGAUAUGGAAAACAAUAUGAAAAUUCACGAUGAAAGAUUUGAUCAAAUAGACGACAAAAUGGAGUAUGUAAUCAAACUACUUACAAUUAACAGAAAUUCACCGAGACAACUGGAAAUCAAUCCGAUAAAAUCUCCCAGAAACCAAAAACAAAACAAGUACAAUAAAAAGUUUGGUCGUUAG